UUGGACACAACAGUGGAAAAGUGGAAAAGGUCACUCGCGGGGACUGGUGGCUGGGCAGGUUGCGCAGCGAAAGUGGCCAUUGUGUCUCCCCGUGGCCACCAGUGGCGACUCCGUCUUAUUCGUUCAUCAGGAGACGCGUCCGUCGCGGGUUAACGAAAAAAUAAAAGCCGAUGUAACUUCCGCCGAAGUGACGAAAACUUGUUUGUGAUAAUAACUCUAGUCAAGCCCCCCUUUUCGACUCCCACUUGCUUCCCGUUUUCCUUCCUCAAUACUGCUAAUGGAACACAAUUUUCCCACCGGGUGCCAUACUUUCCGAACCGGGAAAAGUGGAGAAUAAGAGUCAUUGCUGAUAAGCGCACCGGCGGUGUAUGUGUGAGCUGGGCCAGAAUUCAAGUUGAGCGCAAAGAAGAAGGGCAAGUUGGAGUGCUGUGGAAACGAGGUGUAUCAAAGCUGAAGUGCUGCCUGCCUCCGGGGGCUCGUGUGGCCAGGAAAAUGAAGGCAUCGUAGAACACCUUAGCAGAACCCGUUGCACCACGACGAAACGGGCGAUAGAAACAGCCAAUAGCGCUUAUCACAAGUGCGCCACCAACAACAACAACACCGAACCUAUUGCUGCUCCAGCCACAAUCGAGCACAUUGUGCCGUGAACCGCAACAACUUCAAAGCAGCCUUUCUUCACAGGUUGCCACACGUUAGCCGUUUAGCCUAACCACAAUGCAGGGCCAGUGAAGCGCGGAACGCUGCGCCAAACACUGGACAACAGAACACGGGAAAGCCGACUGUUGCGUUCGAAAGCAUCCCGCGGUGGAGAAGUUUAAUUGAGGAGCAAAAUGUUUACGUCGUUAAAAAAUAAGAUAAAAGAGGAAACUGGCAACGAUGUGGCACCGAUCUCCGUCACCAGAUCGCGCCGCCACGCGGAAUCACUGACCAGCGCCAGCUCGAUCGACGAGCUGAGCGUGCUCGAGCAGAAGGAUGCAGAACUGAGCGCUACCCGUGUGGAACUGCAAGAACUGGCCAACCUCCUGCACGGUUUUCGGGAGCAAGUACGCCUGCUGGAAGAAUCCAAGACAGUCCUGGAGCAGACAAACAAGGCACUCGAAGAAAAACUACAUGCAAGCCAAGUGCAGCGCGACCUGCAGCGUGAGGAGCAGGACAAGAUACAAAACUUCCAGCAGCAAGAAAUAUCGAAGCUGAAAAGUAUGCUACUGUUCCGCGAGCAGGAGGCCGUCGAUCGAAUAUCGCAUCAGAAGACGGCAGAGCAGCAGGUUGAAAGCUUGCGGCAUGAGUUGAGCCGCUUGAGAGGGCUGGAACCGAUGCUGGAAAAUGCACAAGAUGAGCUGGAAAACCUACGCCACUCGUCGCAGUGCGAGCGCACCAAUCUGGUCUCGACACUGGCGGCCGUGGAGGAAGCGAACCGGCAUCUGAAGAGCCGCAUCCAGGUACUGGAAGAUACGCGACUCUCGCUAACGACCAACGGUAGCAGUAUCGACGAGAAGAUUCAAUGUUUGCUGCAGGAACGUAAACUACUCGAGCAGCGUCUGGAGGAGGCACAUCUGCAUCUGUCGGACAUCAAAAGUAGCUGGAGUGGUCAGAAUAUGGCCCUCGAAACGCAGGUCAACCGGUUGUCGCGGCAGGUCGCCGAGGAGACGACCGAGAAGCACAAAGCUCUCAAGCAGAAAGACGAUCUUAUCGAGCGCCUCAAGCACUUAGAGUUCGAGCACGAGAAACUGCAAUCGGAGAUUACCCAACGUGACAAUAAGAUCAAACUUAUGAGCGAAGAAAUAGAUGAGCUACAUUCGGCGGUACGCGAGGCACGCGAGCAGCACGAGGAAGAGGUCACGUUUAUGAGCAGCAAUUUAGAACAGCUGCAAACGGAGUGUGGCACGCUGCGAACGAAUCUCACCGAGUCAGAGCAGCGUUUGCUGGAAUGUUUGGAAAGCGCCGACCGCCUGAUGGAGCUUGAAAGCACAGUGGGUGAACUAAACCGUCAGCUUGGCAACGAAAAACAAGAAAAAAUGGCUGUUCUCAUGAAAAAUGCCGAAAUGUCGCAGCAGGAAGAGAUUCUUCGGCAAGAGUUGCGCCACGAAAAGGACGAAUCGAUCGAGCUGCAUGAUCGUGGUGUAAUACUGCAACGUGAGCUAGACAAACGAUUAAAUACCGUCAAUGAGCUACGCAAACAAGUGGACGAACUAAUGACUACGAAUCUCGAGCAGAAUGCGGAACUAGUUGAUAAAAACAAGAUAAUAAAAAUUCUAAAUCAACGGCUCGUUGACAUGAAAAAAACCUUACAAGAGGAGCUGAAAGGUCAAAAUAGCAGCAAUACAGAUCAUCAACCUGUUAACAUCGGUACUGCCCAGCACCCCAAUGAACGGGUUUUCGAGCGAGCAAAGAGUUUUGACUCAAAAGGUGUCGCAAAAGAAAAUGGUAACCUCAAACACAACGGUGCGGCGAUCGGUACGCCGAUCGUGAUGGAUGAGGUCAACUUCCGGUAUCUCAAGCAUGUGAUAAUAAAAUUUCUUACCAGUAGAGAGGUUGAAGCCCGUCAUCUCAUCAAAGCCGUGUCGACAUUGUUGCAGUUGAGUUAUGAAGAAGAAAAGCUACUCCACGACACGCUUAAUUGGAAGAUGAGUUGGUUCGGUAGCCGGCCUGGCCAGGUCUCGUUGUCGACGAAUUAGAAUCCACCGUCUGAUGAAACCGUGCGCGCACAGAGCCAUGUUCGAUCCGUGUGCUCGUGCUUCACGCCACAAGCCUCAGCAUCUCUUCGGAUUGUUUUCAUUUAUUUGGGGACACUUGUAUUAUUUCAAGCGGUUGAAACUGAAACCCAGGUUCAGUGCAAAACGACAACAUAAUCACAGCAACAUAGGAACGAGAUCCUAUUGCAAUAAUGAAGGCACAAAGGGUAAUCAGUGGUCAGAUCUCAUGCUACGAAAUGGCGACAGAGCACCAAAUUCGUUUUAUUUCUGUUUAUUUCAUUCAGUCUACUGUGGUGAAUUGACUAUCAACUAACGACUGCUUUUUAUACGCUUCUACCGAGCAGCUAUAAUCUAAUCAUACGUUAACAUUCCUUAUUAUCAUGCGCUUUACAAUACACAAUACUAUGGCUCAUGCUUCGCGAUGUGUUAGUUAUUUUGUGAUCCGCUUUCCAAAGAAGUAUAUAUUUAUCGUGAAAUAUUUAGCCAAACCAAUAGAUUGAUAUUUUAUGUGUUUUACAAACUUUUACAAAUAUUGCAAAGAGUAAUCUCAUUUUUUCAUAUUUCCUACGCUCACGUAUGCCCAUGGGUUAGACAAUGUUUUUGUUGCUUGUAGUUAUAAAACAUUUGUGGAGUGACCAUACCACAAUCGAUAGUCUAGUGAUAGGAAAAGGAAAAGGUGACCAGCGGAGCCUUCAGUGUUUGCUAGACGAGAAGAAGCGUACUAACGGGCUGCACUUUAGCCCGAUUGAACAAUAGAUUUGUUUGUGCAUUUGUUCAUA